CCUACAUUGAGCGACAGAGUAUGAUCUUGUUGUUUAUUUCAUCUUUGCUGUGGACCGGCAUUUUCCCACAACACCCUGCUCCUGCUCUCACAGAUGACGAAAAUGGCGGACAACGCAUCAUCGGUCGAGAUCGUUGAGGGCUGUCGCCUCCCUGUUCUUCGUAAAAACCAAGAGCACGAGGACGAAUGGCCAUUGGCUGAAAUUUUAAGUGUGAAGGAAGUCUCUUCGAGAAAGCUUUACUAUGUGCACUAUAUUGACUUCAACAAGCGCCUGGAUGAGUGGGUCACAGGGGACAGGCUGGACAUGAAGAAGCUUCAGUUUCCUAAGAAAGAAGCUAAAACGCCAACCAAGAACGGCCUUCCAGGCUCCCGUCCCGGUUCUCCAGAGAGAGAAGUGAGAAAGAGUCUAGAUCUGAACGUACAGUCGGCCACGGCUCCUUCCAGAGGCAAAACCCUCCCCACACCGCUGUCAAGUCAUGCUGAACUCCAUGGAAAUCCAGAAAUAAACAACCAUGAAAUUAAAAAGGAAGAUCCUGAGCCUGUCGUGCAGAUCACUUCUGGAAGUGGUUUGACUUACAGUGGGACCAAAUGUUUGUCCGGUGUAUGCACUGGACUUGUCAAGCCACAUUUCAACAACAAAUCUGUCAAGAAGAGAAAAGUCGAGGCCGUCCCCAUGGCGACUCAGGUACCCCCAGCCCCCCCUGUGCCCUCCCUGCCAAGUUCAACUGAAGCCUCUCAGGCAUCUGUUUUUCCUGCUGUGAGGGAGCCGAGCACCUUUAAGUCCCGCGAAGACCACGAACCGAUCUCCUCACUCACAACGAACGGUACUGCCCGGCGAAUCAUUCCCUCGCAGCCCGGCAGGAAGAGAAAAGCUAAUUGUGGGGGAGCUGAUGAGAUGAUAAAGGUUUUGCAGUAUAACAACCCUCAAAGUGCCAGUGUCUUUCUUCCACCACCAGAGGAUUCCCAAGACAGCUCAGACGGCAUCCCAUCAGCACCCCGCAUGACGGGCAGUCUUGUGUCGGACCGCAGCCACGAUGACAUCGUCACCCGGAUGAAGAACAUAGAGUGCAUAGAGUUGGGACGGCACAGACUGAAGCCCUGGUACUUCUCACCGUACCCACAGGAGCUCACCACUCUGCCCAUCCUUUACCUCUGUGAAUUCUGUCUCAAGUACCUCAAAAGCCUGAAGUGUCUCCAGAGGCAUUUGACGAAAUGUAAUCUUAGACAUCCUCCAGGCAACGAGAUCUACCGCAAAGGCACCAUCUCAUUUUUUGAGAUCGACGGCAGGAAAAACAAAACUUAUUCCCAGAACCUGUGUUUACUCGCAAAGUGUUUCCUGGACCACAAAACCUUGUAUUACGACACGGACCCUUUCCUCUUCUAUGUAAUGACAGAGUACGACUCCAAAGGCUUCCACAUAGUGGGCUACUUUUCAAAGGAAAAAGAGUCGACUGAAGAUUACAACGUAGCCUGCAUCCUCACCUUGCCUCCCUACCAGCGGAGAGGAUACGGCAAGCUGCUCAUUGAGUUUAGUUACGAGCUGUCAAAGGUAGAAGGGAAGACGGGGACUCCUGAGAAGCCGCUGUCUGACUUGGGUCUUUUGUCGUAUCGCUCCUACUGGUCCCAGACGAUCCUGGAAAUUCUCAUGGACCUUAAACCCGACAACGGAGAAAGGCCGCAGAUUACAAUCAAUGAGAUCAGUGAGAUCACAAGUGUAAAGAAAGAAGACGUCAUUUCAACGCUUCAGUACCUAAACCUCAUCAACUAUUACAAGGGUCAGUACAUCCUGACUCUUUCAGAGGACAUUGUGGACGGUCAUGAAAGAGCGAUGCAGAAGAGACACUUGCGUAUAGAUCCAAAAUGCCUUCACUUCACACCAAAGGACUGGAGCAAGAGGGGCAAGUGGUAGAGGCCCGGUCAGGCUCACUGAACACGCCCCUACCCCUCCUCCCAAAAUCGCCAUAUAGCAGACUUGAAGCAAACAGUGGCUCAGAUCAAGGCUUUCACGUACGGCUUCAAAACCUUUUUCAAAUCAGGACUCUUUUUCAGAUAAGACACAAUAAACUUAGAUUGUCAACUUUUUAUUGUGAAUACUCAUUGUAUAGUGUGAAUUUAAAAAGGAUAGACUGAUUAACCGUGACACCGCCAAAAUUUACAGCACACCUUCUACUGUGUAAAAGAUCCUGUUUAUGACCGAUGUGCGUUUAAAAGUCAGAUGUUUGUUUAAUAGUGUACAUGAACGCCCAGCGUGGCAAACUAAUGGAAACAAUAUUGUUUUAUACAUCGCUUCAUCUGUUGACUCAUCCACAUUAUGUAAAAAAAAAAACACAAAGGGGAUUUAUCUUCCUUCAAUUCAACAAGGAUGUGAUUUUUGUCUACAUGCUUUGUAUCUGCCACACAAAGUGGUGUUGAAAUGUUGUUGUCCAAAUUAUUAAUGUACCACCCAAAAUGUAAAAUUCAAUGUGUGACACUUUAUUUCAAUCCCUUUGGUCAUAAAUGUAAAAAGUGCAGUACUUGGAAGUCUCUUUAAACCCUGGGACAGGCUUCCCGAGUGUUGUCUUCACUUUCUACUUUGGGUACACGUUUUUGUACAAACUGCAGGAAUUAAUGUCUCUCCAACACCUGUUCCUGCAAACACAAGUUUGAAUUGUUAUGAAAUAGAAUACAAACUACUAAACAAGUCACACUUCUUAAAAGAGACUCAAUGAACAUACGACUGUGACAUUAAACACAGAUAAAAGGGAUACACUUUUAGGAUCUCUUGCGAGCACAAAUGUUCUGAUUCUCACAGUAACUUUUAGUUUAUUGUGAUUCUCCUCCAGUGCCUAGUUGUAUUGUUUUGUCUUUUAACUAACUGCGCGGUCAGAAAUGUUCUAUUGGUAAUGUGGCUCACUUGUAAGAAGUAAAAUACAUGUAUUUAAAUUAACAGCCUGGAUGCUGAAAACCCUUUUAAAGAUUUAUCGUAAUGUGGCCUGAGAGCUAACGUGGACUAUUUGGGUUUGUUCUCAUAUCCCUGUUUGAAAUAGUUGGAAGUAUUUUUGCUCUUUGUGAUCAUUGGGGGGUUCUUCCUUUUUAUGAUAUAAUUCAGUCUCUUGAUCAACGGUGAGCAACGAGACAUAUCAAUUCCCUGUGUUAACAUGUAUGUUGCUCAUAACUGUACAUACUGGACCUGAUUGUAAAAAAAGACCGAAGCCAUGUUGAACUGUUAGAGGAAUGUAAAUUUUGUGUACAGGUGUCUUUUGUCUUUUUUUACUUAAUGUAAAGUAACUGGCCGCACAAUAUCAACGGGAAAGUACAAGUACAUAAAAAUCGUAUCUUUCCUUAAGGUUGUGUUUUAUGUUUACAUGUCCCAAAAGUUAUGGAAUUUACCCUGUUUAAAGGAUUUAGUAAAUCUUUGAGUGAAACACAGUGUACAGUAUGAUUUGAACGUUUAAUAUAAAAUGGUUCUUGAAUUGAUAUAAAAAGAACGCAGAAAUGUA